AGGUGGUUCUCCUUCUUCACAGCUUGCUUACUGGUGUGCUCUCUUCUCGGACUGUACACGCCAUGGCGGGGGAGGUCGUCUAUGCUGAUUUAAACAUCCCGGGAGCCCGCUUACCUGCUUCAGCUCAACCCCACAAUUUCCAUCAGUGUCCGCACUGGCAUCAACUUGUCUUGAAGAUCGGAGCCGCUGGGUACGUUGUCCUGCUGAUGACAGUCAUAGUGCUGAGUGUUUGGGUUUUUCAGGGCUCCUCAGGGAAUGGACUGGCCCCUGAAGGUGAGGCGGCCUCCGAGAGACUCAGAAAUGAAAGUAAAUGCGUCGCCAGCCAGGAGAAAUGGUCUUCCCUGAAACAGUACCUGUGUGACCCACCCCAAAUCAGCGCAACAGAGGGCGCCAGGUGCGAACUUUGCCCCAGGGACUGGCUGCCGUACAAGGGAAAAUGUUACUGGGUGUCUAAAGAAAAUAGAAUGUGGAACAGUAGCCGUGACGACUGCUUAACGAAGAGCUCUCGUUUACUGGUGGCCCGGGACCAGGAGGAGAUGGUGAUCAAGGACGGGCGUCUGUGUGCAGCUAACGAGGCCUAG